GCGCGAGGGGGCGGGGCGGGGGCGGGGCCGGCUUCACCCGGAAUGAAAACAAACGGCGGCCUCUGCGGCAUCCGGGCAUUUGGCAGGUCACGGCUGGCGCGGCGGUGGCGCAGGAUGGCGCAGAAGAAAUAUCUUCAAGCAAAAUUGACCCAGUUUCUAAGGGAAGACAGAAUUCAACUUUGGAAACCUCCAUAUACUGAUGAAAAUAAAGAAGUUGGUUUGGCCUUAAAGGACCUUGUUAAGAAGUACUCUGACCGGCUAGAGUGCUGUGAGAAUGAAGUGGAAAACAUAAUCGAGGAAAUCCGUUGCAAAGCAAUUGAGCGAGGCACAGGAAAUGAACACUACCGAGCAACUGGGAUCGCCACAAUUGAGGUGUUUCUGCCUCCAAGACUCAGGAAAGACAAGAAAAGUUUAUUGGAGACCCGGUUACAUGUCACUGGUAGAGACCUGAGGUCUAAAAUAGCUGAAACUUUUGGAUUUCAAGAAAAUUAUAUCAAGAUCGUAAUAAAUAAGAAACAACUUCAACUAGGGAAAACGCUCGAAGAACAAGGAGUGACUCACAAUGUAAAGGCGAUGGUGCUUGAGCUGAAACAGUCUGAAGAGGAUGUGAGGAGAAACUUCCAGGUAGAGGAAGAGGAGCAGAAUGAGGCUGAACUGAAGGAGAAACGCAUUCAGAGAACCAAAAGGGGAUUGGAGAUCCUGGCAGAGAGAGCGGAGAUGGUGGAUCCGGAAACAAUGCCUUACUUAGACAUUGCAAACCAGACGGGCAGGUCAAUCAGAAUUCCUCCUACUGAAAGGAAAGCCCUUAUGUUAGCUAUGGGAUACCAUGAGAAGGGCAGAGCUUUCCUGAAGAGAAAAGAGUAUGGCAUAGCCUUGCCAUGCCUUCUGGAUGCUGACAGGUAUUUCUGUGAGUGCAAAGAGCUGCUGGACACUGUGGACAACUAUGCGGUUCUCCAGCUGGACAUCGUGUGGUGCUAUUUCCGCCUGGAACAACUGGAGUGCCUCGAUGAUGCAGAGAAGAAGCUGAACUUGGCCCAGAAGUGCUUUAAAAACUGUUAUGGAGAGAACCACCAGAGACUGGUCCACAUAAAAGGAAAUUGUGGGAAAGAGAAAGUGCUGUUUUUAAGGCUCUACUUGCUUCAGGGGAUUCGAAACUAUCACAGUGGAAAUGGAGAGGAGGCUCGGGAGUAUCUCAACAAGGCACGCCAGCUCUUUAAAGAGCUGUACAUCGAUCCGUCAAAAGUUCACAACUUGCUGCAGUUGGGGUUCACUGCCCAGGAAGCCCGGCUUGGUCUGCGGGCUUGUGAUGGGAAUGUGGACCAUGCAGCCACUCACAUUUCCAACCGCAGAGAGGAACUGGCCCAAAUAAAGAAGGAGGAGAAGGAGAAGAGGAGACGCCGCCUGGAAAAUCUCAACGCUUUGAGAGGAAUGGGCUACUCCACACAUGCCGCCAAACAGGCCCUUCACCAGGCCAGAGGCAACCUGGACGAUGCCCUGAAGAUUCUCCUCAGUAACCCCCACAUGUGGUGGUUACAGGAUUCAGACCCUGAAAACAAUGGCCGUCAAGCAAGUCCUUCCCGGGAAAGCAUCGACCAACUGGUGUACAUGGGCUUUGACACAAUGGUGGCUGAAGCUGCACUCAGGGUGUUUGGAGGCAAUGUCCAGCUGGCAGCUCAGACCCUUGCCCACCAUGGAGGAAGCCUUCCUCCUGACCUGCAGUUCUCAGGAGAGGACUCCUCCUCCACUCCAUCCACAUCCCCGUCUGACUCUGCAGGGACUUCUAGUGCCUCAACAGAUGAAGACAUGGAGACAGAGGCUGUGAAUGAAAUCCUGGAGGACAUUCCGGAGCAUGAGGAGGACUACCUGGACUCCACUCUGGAGGAUGAAGAAGUCAUUAUUGCCGAGUACUUGUCCUACGUAGAAAGUAUAAGGUCUGCUGCAAAGAACAACUGAACAGAAGUAAGCGCUACUAUAAACUCUGUCGUUGAGAAUGGUGAAUGCAGCUCUUCUUUGUGUUCCUCUUGCUUUCCAACGGUUUGGCUCCAAGUAGGCUUCUUCCUCAGGUACAGGGCCCCGGCGUAGUGAAGAGAGGCUUUGUUGGGAAGAGGACAGUGGAGGAAAGGGAAUCCCUGGCUCUGCUGUUCCUCUUCUGCCUCCAGGUCUGUACCCCUGACUCUGCCCUCUCGGUUUCCCAUUCAGAUCUGGGAAGCAGGGAAGUCUGCAGAGGGACGGGAGUCUGUCUCCUGUCCUCCUCUGAGCUAGCCUCCCUCCUGCGCACUCUUCCUCCUCCCCUGCUGUCGGAACUGCCCUCUCCCACCACUGCCUCCGCUGUGCAAGCUCCGCUCAGCCUGUGCUCACCCUGCCUCACCCCUUGACUCCUCAUCCCAAGUGCUGUGGCACGAGGAGAUAUAUAUAGCUGCAAUCCCAUACCAAGUGGUAGCGGACACCUUGACCCUGGAAUAUCAGGGUUUUGUGCUCUUAGAUCAGUAAAAUCUGUACUUAACAAUUCAAGAUUGCAAAUCAGAGUUUCUAUGCAUUCUCAGUUCCUCAUACAAAGUGAAAGUCUUUUAUUAAAUGGAAGUUUUUAAUGCUAACCAAAGCAACUUACUGUUAAUCGGUAUUUCUAGAUUGCUGUCAUAGAGAAUUCACUGACAGCUAAGAGACCUCUGAGGUUGAGGUGUUGCUUUCUCAAGAAAGUCUCUUGUUGGGUUGUUCUGUAGCUGGGUCACAAGACUGUCCCUAAAGGGGCCUGUCAGCAUGUGGUUGGUUCUUCCUGGGUAUGGACCAGAUGGGUAGCCUUCUGACACCUAGGGCAUGGCAGUAGACAGGUGUGGUAUGCUCAAGUGCCACCGAGUUCCUGAGACACACUCAUUUCACCUGAAGUCUUGACAGCAGACUAGCCUGAGCAAGUAGCAUUGUUUCUUGCUUUUUUUUUUUUUUUUUUUUUACUAUACAUAUUUAUUUGUGUGGGGGAUGGGGAAAACAUGCCAUAGCACAAGUCUGGGCAUUCAGAAGACAACGUGUGGUAAUUGGUUCUCUUUCCACCAUGUGAGUGCCAGGGACUGAACUCAGGUUCUCAGGCUUGGUGGUAAGUCCCACUCCCUGAUGAGUCAUCUUGUUAGCCCCUCUCUGUUCUUUGGAAGUGGAUGAUGCUGAUGGAAAUAAACGUGGAGAAUGCAAUUGAA